AUGAAAUCAUUCUUCUCUGCUCUCGCAGCCUCCUCUGCCCUUGUCGGCGCCGCCACUGCGGCAACUGUUCAGGGCUUUGAUAUCAGUAGCUACCAGGGCAGUGUUGACUUUGCCGCUGCUUACAGCUCUGGAGCACGAUUCGUCAUCAUCAAGGCCACUGAGGGAACGACUUAUAUCGACUCUGCUUUCUCUGACCACUAUACUGGCGCCACCAAGGCAGGCCUUAUUCGCGGUGGCUACCACUUUGCGCACCCUGAUAGCAGCUCUGGCGCCGAGCAGGCCAACUACUUCCUUGCACACGGCGGUGGCUGGUCCAACGACGGUAUCACGCUGCCCGGCAUGCUGGAUAUCGAAUACGCUCCCAGCGGCAACGAAUGCUACGGUCUCUCGGCCAGCUCCAUGGUGAGCUGGAUCACCGACUUUGUCGACACCUACCACUCCAAGACCGGUCGUUACCCCCUGAUCUACUCAACCAACGACUGGUGGACAUCGUGCACCGGAAACUCGGCUGCCUUUAGCAAGAACUCUCCGCUCGUGUUGGCUCGCUAUGGCUCCUCAGCCGGAACCAUCCCCGGCGGCUGGCCGUUUGAGACUAUCUGGCAGAACGCCGAUAGCUAUAAGUAUGGUGGCGACUCGGAUAUCUUCAAUGGUGACGAGACCCAGCUUAAGAAGAUUGCUAGCGGUUAA